CGAAUCACUUUGGCGCCAAAAAAUUCAAAACUUCCUGCUUGGUGAUGGCCAACCAAAUCUGGCCCUCGAGAAAGUUGGGUCACGUUGCUCCGAUGGCUGCGAGCACACAACACUGCAUUCUCCGAGAUUUUGCAGCCACAGCUCUACAGGCCUGAACAUGGGCCACCUGCACAAGCAUUGGAUUUUGUCCUGCAACAUCUUAAAGGACCCCUUGGAAAGUUUUUACCUGGCCCAGCCUGAAGACCUGCUCUACCGGACUGAACACUGAGUAACCUCUGGUUGAUGACAAGGGAAGGCAGAAACAACGGUAUUUCAAGAAUGGCUUCCAAAACAGUAGCCUGGAUCCGAAGCCUGUGGUCUGGAUGCACAUUCCUAGUUUGAAUUUCAGAAGGUGUGGAUCUCAAGCAUCUCCCAGUGAAGGCUGUAGGUCUUUGAUGAAUGGCUUCACAAAAGUCAGAAGUCCCAGCCUGAAGAGAAAUACAUUUCUCAUGUUCUUCCCAACACUUGGUGAUGGCACUCCACAGUCAUUCUAUGAAGCUGGCAUUUUCAUUCAGUUGCAACUAAACUGUUUUUUUUUAAAUAUUUUUUGAAUUGAUUUUUAGAGAAAGAGGGAGAAAGAGAGAGAAACAUUGAUGUGAGAGCUGGCUCCCUCCCUAGGCAUGUGCCUAGAAUCUGAAUCGAACCAGCAACCCUUCAGUGCAAUAGACAGUGCCCAACCAACAGCUACACCAGCCAAGACACUCCUACACAGAUUUUUCAGGAAAGAAGCUGUAGAGGAUGGAGUUACCAUUGCAGUGUCCACACAAAUUCCUAGAAUCCUUUCAAGAUUUAGGGUCAGCAACAAUUCAGUAAGGAAGCGGGCUGUGAGCCAAGGCAAAGACAGAGGACAGAUAUGAAUGUGUUCCCAAGCUUUCCUGGUGGCUUAUGGCAUUCUCCACACUCCCAUGUAAGGGCUAUUGCUGACCAAGAAGACCCAAGGAGACUGGCUCUAAGAUCAAGUCCGGAUGGAGAACUAAGAGAAAAAAAAUGAAUAUGGUUUUUGCUCACAGGAUGGAGAACAGCAAGCCGCCUGUGGUUAUUCCGACACUUCUGGUGCCCCUCCAAAACCACAGCUGCCCCGACACAGCCACCCCUCGGCCAAGCCAUGACCUGGCGGAAUUACAUGAGGAGCACGGCUGGAUGAGCAACAGAACAGACCCGCAGUAUGGACCGAAACCCGGGGAAGUGGCCACAGCCAGCAUUUUGUUUGGGACCCUGUGGUUGUUUUCUGUCUUCGGCAAUUCCCUGGUUUGCUUGGUCAUCCAUAGGAGUCGAAGGACUCAGUCCACCACCAACUACUUUGUGGUCUCCAUGGCAUGUGCCGAUCUUCUCAUCAGCAUCGCCAGCUCGCCUUUCGUCCUGCUGCAGUUCGCCACUGGCAAGUGGACGCUUGGCAGCGCCAUGUGCAAGAUGGUGCGAUACUUUCAGUAUCUCACCCCGGGCGUCCAGAUCUAUGUCCUCCUCUCCAUCUGCAUAGACCGCUUCUAUACCAUUGUCUAUCCUCUGAGCUUCAAAGUGUCCAGGGAAAAAGCCAAGAAAAUGAUCGCAGCGUCAUGGAUCUUCGACGCAGCCUUUGUGACCCCCGUGUUCUUUUUCUACGGCUCCAGCUGGGACAAUCAUUGCAAUUAUUUCCUCCCGUCCUCUUGGGAGGGAACUGCCUACACUGUCAUCCAUUUCUUGGUGGGCUUUGUGAUCCCAUCUGUCCUCAUCAUCGUAUUUUACCAGAAGGUCGUAAAGUAUAUUUGGAGAAUAGGCACUGAUGGCCGAACUGUGAGGAGGACAAUGAACAUUGUCCCAAGGACGAAAGUGAAGACAGUCAAGAUGUUCCUCAUUUUGAACCUGUUGUUUCUGCUCUCCUGGCUGCCUUUUCAUGUGGUUCAGCUGUGGCACCCUGCGGAACGAGACUAUAAGAAAAGUUCCCUUGUGUUCGCAGCAAUCACGUGCAUAUCCUUUAGUUCUUCAGCCUCUAAGCCUACCCUGUAUUCCAUUUAUAAUGCUAGUUUCAGGAGAGGAAUGAAAGAGACCUUUUGCAUGUCCUCGAUGAAGUGUUACCGAAGCAAUGCCUAUACUAUCACAACCAGUUCGAGGAUGGCCAAAAAAAACUACGUGGGGAUUUCAGAAAUCCCUCCCAUGGCCAAAACGAUCACCAAAGACUCAAUCUAUGAUUCCUUUGACAGAGAAGCCAAGGAAAAGAAACUUGCUUGGCCCAUUAACUCAAAUCCACCAAACACUUUUGUCUAAAAUCUCAGAAUUCUUUCGAUUAUUGUUAUGCGCCAGAGAUUAAAAACUUUAACUAUACAAACGAAAGCUAUUUAUAUAUUUUUUCAAUCAACUUUCUGAGGGAA